GGAUGAAAGAACUCACACUGGUGAGGGGCAGUCGUUCUCUGCCUUUGGAGAGACGCACACAACUCGGUGUAGGUGAUUUCCUUAUCCAACUGUCUUUAAUGGAUACGUGGCGAGGAAAACUGACUUGGAUUCGCAUUUCAACGCGAUAUUUCAACGCGUAGCUUUCAAAUCUACUUUCAGAGUUUACUCAAAUAAUAUGACUAAAUUUUAAACGUACGAGAUACUUGGGUUCGCGUAUCUCUCGAAAACUAAUUUUACAGUGGACAGUUUACCUCGUGCAAUUUUCAAUGCGAGCAUGAUUUUUCGAAAAUAUCGUCUACGUUUGACAACACUUUGCGAUCGCCACACAAUAGCAACGAUUUUUCCCACACAACCCUCAAAUUUAUAUAUUACACCAAUCCUCAUUUCCUAAUUUAAUCCACAGAGAAGCUCGCUUGUUUUAGCCCGUUGUAAACUAGUCAGAAAAAUACGCAAUUAUGCGCAACAGGGUAAUAUGGAAUGUUUUAGUUGUUACCCUCAUCGCGUUCGGUGCAAGUGAAAUGGAGAUUUUGAAGCCAUUACAAGUCGACAUGCGUGAAUCAUUAAGCGACACCAAGUCUUCAACAAAGGAAUUAGCAAAAAUGGAAAACGCUAGAUGUUUACAUACUGACUACUAUUUCAAUCGAAAUUGCUUUAUGCUGAAUUGCGAAAUAGAUGACACGGAGAAAAUCGACAAGAUCGGCGACCGAUACAUUUUUAAUCAGCGCCCACUCAAGAAAUACGCAACGAGGGACGUAGUCCGUUGUUUUGAUUCGUUAUCAGCCCAAGGGCAAAGACAACCGAUGCAUAUUGCUUUCAUAGGCGAUUCAACCAUUCGUCAGCACUUUGUCAGUUUUCUACGGCUAUUUCCUGACCACGACAGCCAAAUCACGACGCAAUUUGACAGAUUCGCAAAUAAAAACUUGACUAUGCAGCAUCACGAUGAUCGCAACGUCACGAGUCAAUUGUUGGGCAAUUUACGCAUUUCUUUCUUCUGGCGCAAUCUUAUAAAUAAUGAGUUGAUUGCUGAUUUCAAACGAUGGGCAUCGACUGACGACGACAGUCGAACACCCGACUAUAUUUUUUUAGGCCUGACGGUUCAUCAUCUUCUAGAAAACGACCUUAUCACAUUCAAGGAAUUACUAGAAACGAGUCUAGUGCCACUGAUUAAUAAGAGUCUAGCCAUCCAUCGGCAUCAAAGAGUUGUCUGGCUGCGUCUUCAUACUUCAAUAGAUCAAUUCUAUCAAUUGUAUGGAGGUUUUUACACGGAAACGGUUACCGUGUACAAUGAAGCCAUCGAGCGCAUCCUCAAGAGUACGAACAUAAUACUAUGGGAUACCAUCAUCGCCAUUGUCGAGGAAUACCUGCGUGCGUGCGCCUUAACCGCCUACACUCGCCACGAUUUCGAUCAAGUCUUAAUCGACAAAUGGAUGGAUCGAGGUUACAUGAAUUGCAACGAUUACGUACAUCCAGGAAUGACUGCAAUAGCCAUUGGUACACAACUCAUCAUCAAUCACAUGUGUGAAACAGUUGCCUAGACUUCAAUAAACAUAAAGAAGUAA